GAGCGUUGUUUUUGCCGACAGAUGUUUUCACUGCUGCUCCUGGUGCUGCCUUUGCUGGCGGAGGGUGCUUCCACAGAAAGUGUGGGCUGUAUGCUGCCAGCUGCCUCCACGGAGAAGUUCUACGUGACUACCGAGGAGAAACCGUGGUAUCAGCAGUACCAGUACAAGGUACCCGGCCUGUUUGACCUGGGCUGUGUCACCUACUUCCAGUCGCCUGGAGAGAGCGACACCGAGAUGUACCUUACUGGGAACUUCAGCAAGGCGCCUCUCUUUCCCCUCAACAGCCUUGUAACAUUCACUGGAAACAAGAUGGAUAAGGUCUACGAAGGCGUAUGGAACUCUAUACUGAGCGGACCAUAUAACGUAGUGUACUCGCACAAGGACUUCGUCAUUGACCACUACUGUUUUCUGGGAUAUGGUUAG